GAAGGAGCUGUGGUCUUUGAUUGUUCAAAGGAAAUAGAACGGUCUACAUCUAUCUUUAACAGUGGAGUUAGCGGCCUUUCGCAUGGUCACAUUUAGUUGUACACUUUCCCUAUAAGUGUCUAAGGUUGAGAGUGCUGUUGUCCUCCUCCAGUCCAGCUUUUUUCAUUGUAUGUUCUCCAUACAAGUCCAAUAGGCAUGAUGCUAACUUCUAACCUUGCCUCACCCCUUUAUUGAGACAAAAACAGAGAUACCUUUCUUUCGCAGUCAACCCUGUCAUCUAGCGGCGGAAAGUGCGUACUGUCUCGCCCGUUUCCACCUCCGGGCGUGUUCAAUGGGCGUGUUCCUGUGUUGUCGCGGUGACGUAACUGGCGACCAAUGGAAAAACAGCCCAGAGUUUUGAAAAUUCGAAGCGCCACGGUGACUUAGGCGAGUCUCGCGGCUGGAUGGUUAAUUAGCCUUUUAGCGUAUUAUGCAGUUUCAAUUAAAAAGAGCUAACAGUCAUACAACAUAACGUGUGUUAGCGAUGAUUCCGUGUGCUUAGAUCGCAUUUAUCGGAUAAUGGUAGCGUGUGGUUUGAUAGUCGAGAGGCCGUUUUUUCUUUCUUUUGUGUUGAUACGUCAGAUGAGCAUAGUUACCAAACCAAAACACUUACGAGCCUCUUGCCUGCGCCGUGCGUGUACAGAACUGUGUUUUUAAUUAUCUUCUGCGACUCUUUGCACUGUGCACUUAUUUAAAAAGCCCCGAAAGUGCACAUAAACGACGGUUUGUGUUUCAGUGAUGUUUCGAAGUGCAUUUGUUAGUAUUUCCUCGAUUUCGCUGUCAUCCGUAACUUGUAGGGAGUUUCUAUCCUAACGGAGCGUUUUGCCUGGAAUUUGCUGUAUGUAACUGGUAGACUUUCUGAAAACAACCGCGUAUAGAUGUUUUAUAUUUUUAUGCCACAGGUAACUUAUUGAAAAUAUGUAUUAAGGUAUAAAAGUACACAGCUGCUGUUCUCUUACGAGGACAAACGCGUUGUCUGGGGAUAAUUUAUUAAAACUGUCGAGACGAAGACGAGGGUAAUCAGGGAACCAUGGAGGUGCAGAAAGGCCAGGAACCGUCGUGUGCCGGUCUGACCAGGCAAAUCAACACAACGUACGUGAUAUCCACAAGGUGUGGGGGGCAGAAAGGCACCCCGGGGAACCGGGAAAGACUCACUCUCCAAAGGAGGAAAAUCGAGGCCAAAGGGGCCCAAGCAAGUGCGAAGUCGGCCCAGGAAAACUCCGAGAACGACUGCGAGGGGGCUGUGAAAAGGCUGAGCUUACAGCGCAGAACCCGGACCGUCCCGGGAGGCAGAAACGCCCUGAACGCCGGCAAGGGCGCAGAGAAGCCGGCGUCCCGCGCACCGAGUGCGACUCCUUCCAAGGUCCUGUCCGAACCGAACUGUAGGACCCCCCGAGGGAUAGUUAGCCUGAAAGAUCCAGGCUUUAAAAGCAAAGGGAAAGAUGGAAUCGGUGCUGAAGAGACCCCAGGUAAAGGCCCUGAUGGGAGCUCGGGCAGCCUGCAGCAGAGAGCUGUCACUCAGGCCCUCGGGGACACAGCUGGCACCAGGAAAACAGGUGACCAGAGGAAAGUCUGUUCAACUCCGAAUAGAAGGACACAAUUUGAGAAAGUGAGUUUAAAAAAGGAUCUUUUUGAGAGGCUGGCUGGGAGAGAUGUUCCUGUUGUGGUGUCCGGGAAAUCCACCAACGCUGAGAGGCAGAAGAUCCCCGGGCGCUGCGUUAAGGCGGUGGCGCAAAGUUCGGCCCAGUCCGGCAACAUUGGGGCAGAUAGCCGGAUCGGAAACCUGAAAUCAAGUGUACAGCCCGCUCCGGUGAAAAGGGGAGCGACUCCAGCGCUAUCGGGGCAGAGUAAGGAUGACGGUCCGGCCCGCUGUGUAGCAUCUGCAGGGGCCCGUGUUUCAGUGGUGAGCACCGGCGCGGAUGCAUUACCGAAACAGGAGCCCGGUAAACUGGAGAACAGCGCCGUCACUGUGGCGGUGCGACUGAGGCCAUUCAGCAGCCGGGAGAAGAAUGAAAAAGUCCAGCAGGUUGUCUUCAUGAAGGACCAGGAAACGGUCGUGCAGCACCCAGAUUCCAGGCAGUGCUACUCCUUCACCUUCGACUUCUCCUUCUGCUCUGUCGAUAAGAGCAAACCGGACUUUUCGAGCCAGCAGACCAUUUAUGAGAAGCUAGCAAGACCUCUUCUUGAGAGAGCUUUCGAAGGAUACAACACCUGUCUCUUUGCGUAUGGACAGACUGGGUCUGGAAAGUCAUACACAAUGAUGGGGUUUGAUGAAGAGACUGGUGUGAUACCCAGAUUCUGUGAAGAAGUAUUUUCUAGGAUCACAAACUCUGAGAAUACACAGGUAUCGUGUCACCUGGAAAUGAGCUACUUUGAAGUGUACAAUGAGAAAAUUCACGAUCUGCUUGUCGUGAAAGAUGAACAAAAUGGUAAAAAACUUCCGCUAAGGGUCAGAGAACAUCCAGUCUAUGGGCCAUAUGUUGCCGAUCUUUCUGCGAAUGUAGUGAGCUCCUAUACUGACGUCCAGAGCUGGCUAGAGCUCGGCAAUAAGCAGCGGGCCACAGCAGCGACGGGCAUGAACGACAAGAGCUCCAGGUCUCACUCGGUCUUCACCCUCGUCAUGACUCAGACCAAGAGGGAGUUGGUGGAGGAAGAGGAGCAUGACCAUCGGAUCACCAGCAGGAUCAACCUGGUGGACCUCGCAGGCAGCGAGCGCUGCUCCUCUGCCCAGACCUGGGGUGACCGGCUUCGGGAAGGUGCAAGCAUUAACAAAUCCUUGCUAACACUGGGGAAGGUCAUAUCAGCUCUGUCUGAGCAGUUUCAGACCCGCAAGAGAGUCUUCAUCCCAUACAGAGAAUCUGUGCUGACGUGGCUUCUUAAAGAGAGUCUGGGUGGAAACUCCAAGACUGCAAUGAUUGCAACCGUCAGCCCUGCUGGCAGCAACGUCGAGGAGAGCCUGAGCACGCUGCGUUACGCUAAACAGGCCCGCAUGAUCAUCAACGUGGCGAAGGUCAACGAGGACAACAGCGCCAAGCUGAUUAGGGAGCUUAAAGCGGAGGUGGAGAAACUGAGGGCCGCGCAGAUGAGCUCCCAAGGCAUCGAGCCGGAGAGGAUGAGGCUGUUUCAGCAGGAAAUUGCUGCGCUGAAGAUGCAGCUGAUGCAGCAGGAGAAGGACAUGGCCGAGGCUCAUAGGACAUGGAACGAGAAGCUGGAGCAGGCUGAGAAACGAAAAAGAGAGGAAACGAAAGAAUUGCAGAAAGCAGGUAUCACCUUUAAGGUGGAUAACCAGCUUCCAAACCUUGUUAACCUCAACGAGGAUCCUCAGCUGUCUGAGAUGCUGCUGUACAUGAUAAAGGAGGGACAGACGAAAGUCGGGAAGCGCAAAGCUGAAUCUGCCCAUGACAUUCAGCUGACGGGGGCCCUCAUCGCGGAUGAACACUGCGUUAUAUCCAGUGUAAGUGGGACAGUUGGUAUUACGCCAAUCAAGGACGCAAAGACCUUUGUGAAUGGAGACCUCAUCUCCCAGACCACCAUCCUGCACCAUGGUGACCGGGUGAUCCUUGGUGGUGACCACUACUUCAGGUUCAACCACCCGGUAGAGGUGCAUAGCGGUAAGCGAGUCUCCUGCUGGACAGAGGCAGGUGAUGGACACAAAGACUUUGAGUUUGCCAAAAAUGAGCUGCUCGCUUCACAAAGGGCACAGCUGGAAGCAGAGAUCGAGGAAGCCCGUCUGAAAGCCCAAGAGGACAUGAUGCAUGGAAUACAGGCUGCUAAAGAUGUGGCCCAGAAGGAGCUGUCUGAUCAGAAGAUGCUGUACGAGAGCAAGAUCAGCGCACUGGAGCGUGAGCUGGAGGAGGAGAACCAAAGGAAGAAAUACCAGGAGCUUGACAAUAGGCGGGUGGUCAGCAAAAUGGAGGAACUCCAGAACGCUAAAGUCUUGCUGGAGCAGGAGCUGCACGUGAACAGAAGACGAAUUCAGUUGGAGGCUCAAGCCACACGGCAGGCAAUGGCCGACCACGAUGUGCGCCACGCUAAAAUCAUCGCGGCGUUGGAAGCAGAGAAGAGGAAGAUUGCAGUGGAUCUUGAAAGGCUUCAGAAGAAGCGGCAGCUAAAGGAACACCACGCCCCCAAAAAGUGUUCUCCAGCCCUGACGUCAAAGGAAGUGACAGAAUAUGUUGGUCAGCCUCAGUGGGAUGCCAUGAAGCUGUCUGUGAUGAUUGAGGAAGCGAACACAAUCAGCAGAAAUCUCCGUAAAAAGACGGUGUUUAGCAGGCAUGAGCCUCCUGAUAACGACGGUGAGACGGACCCGCAGAUCCAGGUGCAGAAUGCCAAGCUGGGCAUCUCCACCUUCUGGAGUCUGGAGAAGUUCCAGAGCAAACUGGCGGCCAUGAGAGAACUGGAGCAGGGAUAUGGAGCUAAAGAUGAUGAUGUCUUUUACGACCCCAAUGACACGUGGGAACAAGAUCUUUCGACGACUUCAUCUUCUUCCGUCUUUUCACGCCGAAGGAGUAGAAGUCUUCUGAAGAGCAGGAGGAUUUCCGGACGCCUCUAUGAGAUCAGAGUGCAUCCGAUUCAGGCCCUCAACUCCUCUCCUCAUGCUGGUCUGAUGGGCGUGAACAAGCCCUCAUCGCUGCAUUACAGUGCACCCACUUCCGCCCUGGCUGGGAUCUGUAAGGAUCUGAUUGGCUCUUCAGUAGCACAGCUGCUUGCAUGCCAUGGCGCCGAGAAGAGCGCGGCUGACAAGCUGGCGUCUGACCUCCUGGCCGUUCACGCAGCGCUGGAGUCCAUAAGCGACUUGUAUGAAACCCUGGGAGAGGACAGCCAUGAAAACUUGUUGGCCAGCAGCGGUGAGGCUCAGGCCCAUCUGGUGAAGGCCACGUCGGCGAUGGAGAGAGCUGUGUCCGUCACGCUGCUCUGGGUGUCCAGCAUCAAGCCGAACUCCAGCUCCGUCCUGCAGACUUCAGACAAACUCAAGGCAGAGGUCAAGAAGAUGGGUGGCUACUUCCAGCUUCUGAUCCAGGGUUGCGAUUCUGAAAUUUCGUCGAUGGUGACGGAGGCUCGCAGUAAAACUGGCCGGUGCCUCAACGUGGCCCUGAGGCUCAUCGCUCACCUGUCGGCCGUGACGGGAAUGGAAUUCCACACCACAGAAGCGGGCUCUGAGUCCGCUGACAAGUGCUCACCGCUGACGCCUGUCUAUGAGGGAACCUGCAUCGGUAUAGAGCACCUCCUGCAGGACGGCAUCACCCAGGCCAAGGAGAUGCAGCGGGACGCCCGGCUGAUGACCCCAAGAACACAGGUUCUGCAGGAUGUACAGUCAGGGAUAUUAGAAGUCAGUUCUUCCCUUCAGCGGUACUUUGCUUUUAGUGGAACUCAGAAUACAGCUAUAGAUGUGGACAGACCAUUUGAACAACCAGAUCUGCUCUGGUCAAGAAAUAAAGCAGUUAAUCUGUUUCGUCUGAACCUGGCAGUCAAGCAGAUCUGCCCGAGUCUUGCACAGAUCCUGAGAGUAAAAGAAAAUGACAGUAAUAUUAUCGGUUGGAGGGAAGUAAUCUGCUCAUCAUCGAGAACAAUCCUUGACGCUAUAAAUGGCCUCCACAAGGACCAGGGUCCUGUGUCUACCAUUGGAAGCAUGCAGCGCUCUGCAGGACAUGCGGCGGAGGCCAGGGACACCGUGCAUGCUGCCAUGCGGUCUCUGUUGGCCGCAUUCGAACCCCCGUGUGAUAAGACUGUGCCGUCAGCCGACGAGACUGGCUUUUUGGAGACGGCUGAGCGAGCGGCGGAUCGGAACGAGGAUGCCUCCGCGAAAGGCGGCACCAGGAUGAACCGGACUGUCCGCAAAAUGGUGUACACUCUGUCCUCAGAGGCCUCGUUGUCUGCUAGUGAUGUCCGGUGGGUGUAGUCACCCACCCCUCACCAAAUCCCUUUGUCUAUUUUUCCCUCUAUGCACUGGGCAUGUUUUGAUCAUGGCUGUCAUCAUUUAUGCUUUCUGAGAUUGAUAAUAUAAUAGCUUUAAUAAAAAAGCAUGUUAUUUUAAAACCAACUGUACUUUCCAGUUUCACUGUAGCUGUUUUGUCAUUGUGUCAAAGUAAGUUAUAUUCAUUUUACAUGCAUAGCAGUAGCAAUGGGCCGCAAGGCAAGCAAGAGUAAAAGAGGUGCAUGUUUAAUUUUCUAGGACCUAAUACAUUACCGGUUUUUCUAUAUGUGUCUUAUAAAGGCAGCUGUCUCAGGUAUUCACAAAAAUGCUGUAAUCCCCCCCCCUCGCUUAAGUUAAAUGAUUUUUUCCACGGUACUGAAGGCGAAUGUUUUUGGAUGCUAUAGAUAUACGGAUGGGCUCCAGGGCUCAGUAAAGCUUUUUGUACUUUAUGCUUGGCCGUCUAUCCGCGGUGUUUGUUGGUCCUGUGGCAUUAAAUCUAUUUAUGCACCUAUGCUGCCAGAGCUAAUAAAAGUCUUUUCUGAUGGGGUUGAGAGUAAAUUGAAUCAUCGGCGUUGAAUGAGAUUAUUCGGAAUCAUGUUAAACGAAACAUCUUGGGAUGACAACACAAAAAUAAAUGCACAUAUUUCACAAGUGUGA